AUGCUAUUCAAGCAGUGGAAUAAUUUUAGUGAACCAAGGCAUCACCUGGAUGCGCCCCUAGAAGAUACCACGAAUUUGGAAUCACUCCAAAUAUCGACUUUGCCAAAGGUAACUUUCUCAGGAUCACUUGACUUGAUGUCAUUCAGAAAAGUGGUUGUUAUUUCGAAAACUUUGGAGCCAUUGUUUCCUAAGCGUUUGAUAAAAUUGGAGCACAUUGCAUCAUUUCAGGGUACUUGGCAGACCAACACCACAGAGGAAUUUCGUUACCGCGAAGACUUUCAAGCAGAAGAGGCUGCUACAUCUAAGAAAACCGAACGAUCUAUCGAGUUCCCCAUGCAAAAAUUGGAUAAUAAUACUCUGCUCCUUUGUGUGGAAGAAAACUUCCUACACGUUCCUCCUAUAGUUUGGAAUAUACUCUCCAGAGAAAUAGUAGCAAAGUGCUCUACAUUGCAGUUUUUGGUGAUCGGAACUACUGAUAGGAUUGGAGAAGUUAAAUCGAUUGGUGCGCCUGGAAGUUGUCCUUUCGGUCAAGAAGAUCUGCCGCCUUUGGCGCCACCAGAAUUUAUCACCAACUUCACAGCUAGUCUAAUAGACCAAUUAAUUGCAUCUCACAUGAAAUUUAGUGGAUUUGUAGCGCCUAGUGAAGGGCCCUCUGGUUUUGAAAAGCUGUCUUUGGAAACUAUGGACAAGUUAAUUGACUUGUGUUGGCCCAUCGUAAACCACCUAAGUCGAGACUCGUAUGUUACGGAAUGCCACCGCUGUUGGAGAUUGAAUGGUACUGCGAUGGGAGCACAAACCGGUUUGUAUCUUUAA